CCGCUUGAUUAUGUACGCACGCGCAUGAGAGGUGGAAACUUUGACCUUCGGGGGCCUGCCUUUACCGAGACGUGUACAGCCACCUCUGUGAGUGGGGUAGGACAGUGAACGCUGUGUUGCGAGCGUUGUGUGUGGUACGAUGUACGUAUGUAUCAACUUCACCCAGAAAGCUGCCGCUACCGUAUGUACAGCCCUCUCCCUCUUUAGUUUGCCUGAUGUCCGAGACGACGACUGAAGGGGAAAAACCUGACUGCGGUGGUGGUGGUGGCGAGUCACGUGAUCUCGGACCCAUGGCAACCCCAGUUGACGGUGAUGCAGCCACGGUGGAUGGGGAUGGAGGGAGAGAGGUAAAGAGAAUGCUGUAUGCAGACCACUCCAGCAGACAGUACAAGUAUCUACCAGCUCAAGUGGGUAGAGUGGAAAGGAGGGUUUGUCCCUGUCAUCACACAGAACGAGAACGGACCGUGCCCUCUCCUGGCGCUGUGCAACGUUCUCUUACUCACCGACCGCAUGAAGCUGGUUGCCGGGGAAACCGUGGUCACCUCGACGGCGCUCAUGGAUCUCCUAGGAACUGCCAUCAUAGAGAACAUGCCACAGGAUCUGUCGGAAGGCGAGAGAGCCAAUUAUGAGCAGAACAUUCAAGACGCCAUGGCCUCCUUCCCAAAGCUGCAAACAGGACUGGAUGUGAACGUUCGUUUUGACUCUGUGAAGGGGUUCGAAUUCACGAGCGAAAUCGUAAUCUUUGAUCUUCUCAACGUGCCGCUGUACCAUGGCUGGCUACCUGACCCUCAGGAGAAAGAGAUGCACUCCCUGGUCCACACCUGUAGCUACAAUCAGUUGGUGGAGAUGGUCAUUUCUGGGCAGAGUGAAGGAGAUCCCAACAUACUACAGAGAGCACUGACAGUCUCGAACAUGUUCUCAAUUCUACAGCAGUCAAGCUAACAAUAUUGUGGUAUGUGGCCGGAUUGUGUGGGAUGGUCUAGGGGCUCUAGGGGUGGGGGGGGUGGUAUUGGGCAUGACCGAUCGCCUCGCUGCUCUGGCUAGGAUCGUAUCUGACCGGCUGCUAUAGUGACGGACCAUGGUUUGACUGAGCACGUGGGGGACACGGUGUUGGGUGGCAGGACCUCUUCGGCCUACUGACCGUGGAUAUGUGGUGAUGAGACGCUUUCCGGCCGAGUGCCGUGAGUGAAGUACAGCAGGAGAGGGAGAAGGAGGGGGCGGAGUCUCAAGACCAGACCACGCCCACCAGGGACCCCCCACCUGUUUCACAGGAUGUCGAGUA